AUGUCGACUCUGACUCGCGCGUUCACUAAACGGAGUAAGCGACCGGAGGUGUCCGCCCCCAUGCCCUAUCGCAAAGAAGGGCACAUGCGGUUCAACUCGGGCUCCAUCAAGCGCAGCAACAUCUCAGGCCCCGUGCAGCUAAUCUCCACGACCAACAUGUUGGCAUACGAUGCGCCCGAUAUCCUACCCUCUACCUCUUCCUCAUCUUCCUCGCUGCGAUCGGGAGACGAUUACGACACGGGAUCCCCUCAGAGCUACUCCUCCUCCAUCACCACUCCUGAUGUAUCGCCAAGUGACCCCUUCCCCGUGGCUGCCAAUGCGGGAUCCUAUUUCCCCAAGCGCUCCGCGACUGUGACCAGCCAGCCUCGUUCGUCCAACACCUCGUUCUCGUCCAACGAAGCCCCUUUAGUUCCUCAGCGGGCCUUGUCUCACACGAAGCGGUCGCACCAAGAGUUGGCUCGCCAGCGCUCCCAGCACAGAAUGUCGCCCCCGCCUUUGGCAGCCCCGCGCAGUAACCCGACCAUCCGUGCCUCACAGGAUGUCUUUUUUGCGGACAACCAUCCAUUCAGUAAGGAGCUGGCGCAAGUGAACGAGGUGGCCGAAGAGUUUGGCGCUACUCAUAUUAUGGAUGAGGAAGAACUUCUCCUGCAGCGCAAGGGGCUGAAAAAGUUUAGUGUGGAGGACUACCUCAGUGAGAUCGAAAGUGUCUAUGGGAGCGUGUUCGAUGAUCGCGUGGGGCCGGCCAGCGUGAGUGCGUGGCUGUGA